AUGUAUAAUAUAAAUAGAAAACUAUUCAAUUUUACCAGGGUUGGUGCAGUGAAUGUUUUACGAAAACGUUGCUUUCAUGCUCUACCCAAUUCUGAGAGGUUUGUUAUUACACCGGAAAUAAAACAAGCCAUAGAAGAGAGAGGACCUGUUGUUGCGUUAGAGUCCACCAUCAUCAGUCAUGGCAUGCCGUAUCCUCAGAAUGUUGAGACAGCAAAGUCUGUUGAGAAUAUUGUUCGAGAGCAAGGAGCCAUUCCUGCCACUAUUGCGAUAUUGAAUGGUCAGGUGCAUAUUGGUUUAACGGAUAAUGCAUUGGAGUUCCUGGGUAAAGCAGGACCUGAAGCACAAAAGACCUCUCGACGUGAUUUGGCUAUGAUCUUGUCACAGAAAAGGAACGGAGCAACCACUGUUGCGAGCACAAUGAUACUGGCUCGUGCAGCAGGCAUACCUAUCUUUGUUACAGGCGGAAUUGGUGGUGUUCAUAGAGGUGCAGAAUCAUCGUUCGAUAUUAGCGCUGAUCUGUACGAGUUGGGUAGAACACCUAUAGCUGUCGUAUGUGCUGGUGUAAAGAGUAUUCUAGAUAUACAAAAAACCUUGGAAGUGUUAGAGUCACAAGGUGUCACCGUUGCUACUUUUGAUAGAGAUAGCAAAAGAUUUCCUGCGUUCUAUACAGUGGAUAGUGGUUACGAGAGUCCGUAUCAGAUGAAGGAUGCUUUAGACGCAGCCAAAUCAAUAUUGGCCAAUCAUCAAUUGGAGUUGAACAGUGGGAUAGUGUUCGCUUGUCCUAUUCCAAAGGAAGCAGCUCCUGAUUCUGAAGCAAUACAAGCUGCUAUUGCUAAUGCUAUUGCGGAAGCGAGAGCCAAGAACAUCCACGGCAAAGAAGAAACCCCUUAUUUGCUCAAGCGCAUCAAUGAGCUUACUAGGGGUGAAUCUCUAGCUGCUAAUAUCGCUUUGGUAAAGAAUAAUGCAAGGAUUGGAGGGCAAAUAGCUGUCAAAUUAUCUGAACUGAAACGGAAGGAAUGUUGA